AUGUAUGAUCGCAAUGAUCCUUCUGAGCGUGCCCGUGUCGAGAAGGUAGUAUAUGACAUGGUCGAUCGAGGACUAGACAUGGAAGGCUCUUGCACGGGUGAGCAUGGUGUAGGUCUUGGCAAGAAAGGAUCACUGAAAAAGGAAGUCGGGCCUGAAACCAUUGAAAUCAUGCGUGGUGUCAAGCGCUCCAUGGAUCCCAACUGGUUGCUGAAUCCUGGCAAGAUUUUUGAUCACGAUGACGAUGGAAAGGGUCCAGGUCAUUAA